CCAUCAACAGCAAAAGUUGAAUUACCUUUGGAUUUCGCUGAUAAUUCAGGAAAUUUUGUUAAAACCAUGAAUAUUAUUAAACGAGAAUCCAAACGUUUAAGUACCAUGAUGAUUAAUGAUGGAAAUACCAACGAUAUUAAUUCUUACCUUGAUGAUUCGAAUAAUAAUAAUGAAACGUUUAAGUACCAUGAUGAUUAAUGAUGGAAAUACCAACGAUAUUAAUUCUUACCUUGAUGAUUCGAAUAAUAAUAAUGAAAGUUUAAGUCCAACUUUUGAUCAUCAACAAUUUCCUUCAUCAAAUUCAUCAUUAGAAUAUUCAACUGAAGAUUUUUAUUCAGAAUAUUUCUCUGAAAAGAAUGCAAAAGAUCGAGCUAUUUAUUUCGCUUGUAGAAUAAAAAAACAAUUACCAACAAUUUUUUCUGGUAUACAAUUAAAUAUAUCAAAAGAAUGUCCUGAAUCAAUUCCUGAAAUAUCUCCUUUUGAUAUAACGAAAAUGGUUGCGGAUCGUUUAUUUACUUUAACUUAUAUAAAUGAAAUGAUGCCUUCAUUUUCUCGUGAACGUACAAAAAUUUUAGAAAAACUUGAUAUGAAAUUAUCAAAACAAGGAGAUUCUAAAUUAUCUCAAAAAAUUGGUGGACGAGAAGCUUUUUUUGCUUUUCGGUAUACUUUGGAUCAUUAUUUUAAACAUAAUAUUUUACCUUCACAAAAAACAUUAAUGGUUGAAAGAGCAAGAAAGAUUAUACAACAAUGUAUUGAAAGUGAAGAAAAAUUAAGUGAUAGAGAACGUGAAUGUAUGUAUUGUUUUCAUCGUUUGAUGAGUGGAAUGAAUUGGGAUAAUGAUGAUAUGGAUCCAAGUGUAUGUGGUUUAAAUGAUUAAACGUAAACGUAAUUUAUUAUUAUUUAUAAAGUAUAUAUAAAGUUUAUAUAAAGUGUGUUGAUAGUUUAUUUUUUACUGUUUUAUUUUUAGUGUUUAGUAUUUUUUGUAGAUAGUUAAAUCAUUUUCUUUCUUUUUUUAAUAAAUAAUUAUAUAAAGUUUUUUACUUCAAAUCACCGGGGGUGAGUAUCACCGUUAGCCAGAAUUAUCAAAUUUUACUGGCAUUCUAUUUUUUUAAUGCUGGUCGAUCAUCAUAAUUUCAGUC